AUGGAGUCCAGCUCGAAGCGCCGCAAGAUUGAGCAUGCCGGCUCUGGCCUGCGACACGAUGCCAUUAUCGACUUCGAAGCCCGGAGCUCGGCGCAAGUGUCAACCGCGAGCACCUUCAUCCUGCAGACGGACGAGCUCCUCAAAGAAGCCAAGUUGAACUACGGCAAGGCCUUCAGCGAUGCCAAUGGCCAUCUUUUCAAGAUUAAGGAGAUUGUGGAAGCUAUCGAGCCUCAUGACGCACUUCCGAUCACCGAGGCCACAGCCGCCUUCGAGAAGAAGCAUCGCAUCGUCGUCCCCCAUCCCGAUCCCAAACCGGCAGCAGACUCUCCAUACAAAGUUGCAUUCGCCAAGCCCUCCCAAUGCAAUGUUGUCGGAAGCUACGUGUCGAAGACCAUGGUCAAGUCACAGCCUUCGGCGUCGAUCGACAUGGUAGUUCAGAUGCCCAAGUCCCUGUUCCAGGACAAGGACUUUAUGAACAUGCGAUAUUUCUACCGACGCGCGUAUUACAUUGCGUAUAUUGCCGCUCACGUGCGCGAGCAAUUCCCUGCCGAUUCAAUGGGCCUGACCUUUGAAUACCUGAACGAGAACCCGCUGCUCCCUGUACUUGUUCUCCGUCCCCGGUCCCCCGAUGACAAGGAGAAUGGGACUUCCAAAGACGGAAAGUCUACGAAGAAGAGCCACAAGUCAAUGGAGUACAGCAUCAGGCUGAUUCCAUGUGCGCCCGAUGGGUUGUUCCCCUGGUCCAAGUUGACACCAGCUUCGUCUUGCAACCGAACUGCGGACGGAGACGAGCACAAGGCCAGCAACACCGGCACACCAUUCUACAACUCGACGAUAAACGCCGAAAGGACAUUCAUUCAGUACCUGCGCGUUCUCGAGGACUGCAAGACUAAAUGUCCGGCAUUCUCCGAUGCCUGCGUCUUGGGCAGGAUCUGGCUGCAGCAGCGAGGGUUCGGCGGCGCGAUUUCUAGAGGCGGCUUUGGGAACUUCGAGUGGUCUGCCAUGAUUGCGCUUUUGCUGCAUAUGGGUGGCAAGAAAGGACAAGCCGCGCUGUCAACCUCUUUGAGCAGCACAGAGCUGUUCAAGGCGGCGAUUCAGUUCCUCUCCAUCACCGACUUCAACAAGAAGCCCUUCGCGUUCGGCGUAUCAAAGGUUGACGCAAAGGCUAUCCGAGAAGCCGGACCGGUCAUGUUUGACCCGAUCAGGGAGGUGAACAUAUUGUUCAAGAUGACGCCCUGGUCGGCUAGCCUGCUCCAGCUUUACGCCAAGUCGACUGCGGAUUUGCUUGCCGAUGACGCGGUCGACAAGUUCGACCCGACCUUCAUCAUGAAGACGGAUGUGGCGCCAGAGGUGUUUGACACUUCUUUCAAGAUCACCAGCCCCGACGUGUCUUCGAAAUUCUCGAAUUCUGCUGAUCGGAGCAGUGCGUCGUGGAAGUUCAGCCUGGAAGCACACAAGGUCUUGAAACGAGCAUACGGAGACCGCGCGCAACUGGUGCACAUCCAGCAGCAGCCUGUCGCGCCCUGGUCUCUAAGCCGCAACGCCCCCGGCGAGAGCUCCGAGGUCCUCGUUGGCGUCAUAUUUCAGCCCGCAAACAUGUCUCGCGGGAUGGAGUAUGGCCCUUCGGCCGAGGAGCAAAAGGAAGCAGCAGUGUUCCGCCAGUUCUGGGGCGAGAAGGCCGAACUGAGACGGUUCAAGGACGGCAGCAUCCUAGAGUGUGUCGAAUGGACCAGCAAGCUGCCAGGCAAAAUCUGCGAAGAGAUUGCUCGGUACGCCCUCAAGCGUCACCUCAAGAUCAUGAAGGAUGAGCUCGUGCCCCUUGACAGCGGCGUUUCGUCGGUCAUCGGGCUGUCCCACCUCGACAAGGAAGCGUUUGAUGCAUCGAGACGGGCAUUCACAACCUUUGAACGCGACAUUCGCAACCUCGAAGACCUCCCACUGCAGAUCAGGCAACUGUCGCCGGUCUCGCCGUUUGCGAGGUACUCGUCUGUGGAGCCUCCUAUGCUGGGGUUCCUCAAGAGUUCCAUUGAGCCCAUGGACGUCAACCUUUAUUUCGAGGCUUCUAGCAAAUGGCCCGAGAACUUGACCGCUAUUCAGGAAGCCAAGAUUGAGUUCCUGCUCGACAUCGACAGGCGUCUCACCGCGGCACACGAGAACAUUACGACGUACCUCGGCCGCGAGAACAGAGAGAUUGGCAUCGAAAGCUUGGCCUACCUCGAUGUCGUCUACGAGUCCGGAGCGGCCUUUCGCCUGCGUAUUCACUGCGACCUGGAAGAGACACUUCUGGAGAGGCAGGUGGACAACAAGACGCUGGAUCUUCGCACCCGCGAAGACGCUGUCGAAGGCCUGCAAAAGUUCCACUGGCUGUACGACACCCUGCCGCUGCACACGCAGACGAUCGCCACGUUUUGCACGAGAUUGCAGCCGCUCUCCCAGACGAUCCGUCUCGUCAAGCACUGGUUCGGUUCUCACAAGCUGACCGGCCACAUCAGCGAGGAGCUCAUCGAGCUCAUCGUGCUUCACGUCUUCCUGCAGCCAUACCCCUGGAUCGUGCCCUCCUCGCCCAGCACCGGCUUCCUGCGCACCCUCUUCUUCCUGUCGCGGUGGGACUGGCGCGACGAGCCGCUGAUUGUCGACUCCGCCGAGACGCUCACCAACGACGACCGCCUGUCUAUCCGCCAUGAGCUCGAGUCGUGGCGGAAGCGCGACCCGCACAUGAACAAGCUGGUCAUGUGCGUGGCCACCUCAAGCGACAAGUCCGGCCUGGGCUACACCCGCGACGGCCCUUCCAAGCUCAUCGCCUCGCGCAUGACGCGCCUCGCCAAGGCCGCGUGCAAGCUCGUCCGCGAGGAGCCCCUCGCCUUCGACCCGGCGGCUCUGUUCGAGACCUCCCUGCGCGACUACGACGUGCUGCUGCGCCUCUCCCCCAAGGCCGUCAGGGCCAUCGUCGGCGACGCCGCCACCGACGCCGCCGCCAAGAAGCACUCGCACUUCAAGAACCUCGACGAGCGCACGGGUAAGAUGCCCCUGCCCGUGCGCGCGCACCCCGUCGACGUGCUCGCCGAGGAGCUCCAGCGCGUGUACGACGACACGCUCGUCUUCUUCCGCGGCGGCGACGGCGACGACGUCCUCGCCGCCAUCUGGAACCCCCGCCUCCAGCAGCGGCAAAAAUUUAGGGCCGGCCUGCCGUACAACUUCCGCUCGGCAAAGGACGAGGGCGACGAGGAUGGCGCGGACGUGGUCGAGGUCAACCAGGAGGCUGUGCUGCUGGAGAUUGCACGCGCGGGCGGUGCCAUGAUCAAGAAGAUUGAGGUGAUCGAGGGAUAG